AUGAGCUCAUUAAAUUACUCCCCCCGUGCUAAAGAAGAGGUGGUCUGUUGCACGGAGACCGAAGCUCUGGGGCUGAACAUUGUCGUGAAAGAAGAAGAUGAGGAGGAGGAGGAAGACGUUUUAGGAGUGAAAGAGGAUGAUGAGGAGGAAGAAGGAGAGGAGGAGGAGGAGGAGGAGGAGGAGGAGGAGGAGGAGACAGAAGAUCAGAUUAACACCAGAGAGAGACAAGACAAUCAUUCUGAAAGCGGGAAGAGUCCUUCAGAAGAACCAGACCCAGAGACAUCCAAACCAGCAAGAGCACACCACUGCUCCCAGUGUGGAAAGAGAUUUAUCCGGUUAGGGCACCUGAAAGAACAUAUGAAAACACAUACAGGGGAGAAGCCUUUUCACUGCCUCCAGUGUGGAAAGGGUUUUGGACAGUCAGGGCAUCUAAAAGUACAUGAAAGAAGACACACUGGAGAGAAGCCAUAUCAAUGCUCCCAGUGUGAAAAGAAAUGUUUCUCACCAGGGGACCUGAAGUCACAUGAGAGACACACACACAGGCACCUAAAAAGAGGCCUUUCCAAUGCUCUCAGUGUGGAAAGAGUUUUUACCCGGUUAGGGAAUCUGAAUAUGCAUUUGAGAACACACACAGGGGAGAAGCCAUACCCCUGCUCAGACUGUGGAAAGAGAUUUAUCCAGCUAGGYGACCUGAAAUCACAUGAGCGGACACACACAGGAGAUAAGCCUUUCCAAUGCUCUCAGUGUGGAAAYAGUUUUGCCUGGUUAGGGAACUUGAAAAUGCAUGAGAGAAUACACACAGGAGAGAAGCCUUUCCACUGCUCCUUGUGUGGAAAGAGUUUUACCUUUUUAGGGACACUGAAAAAGCAUGAGAUGACACACACAGGAGAGAAGCCUUUCCAAUGCUCCCAAUGUGGAAAGAGUUUUACCCAGUUAGUGAACCUGAAAAGGCAUGAAGCAACACACACAGGAUAGAAUCCUUUCCAGUGUCCUCAGUGUGGAAAGACAUUUUCCCAGUCAGAGGACAUGAAAUCACAUAAGAGAAUAGAGGCUGUGUUCUGACUUAUAGUUUUGACAAACUUUUUGUGCUUUGGUUUAUGCCACAUCAAAUAAAAUUGUAUGUAAGAAAAAAAAAAGAGGCUUACUUUUGUUCUUAGUAAAUUUUUUCUCAAAACAUGUUCACAUCUAAAAUUAGAAUAUAUUUAGCAUGUAUUUGAUUUUGAUUAUGAAUUUUUAUUGAUAAAUAUAAACCCUUAGUGUUCAUUAUAUUAUAUGAUUUGGAUAUUGUUAUUUAAAUAAAUGUAAUUAAUCAUUAAUGUGCUUUUCUUGAUUCUGACCUUAAACCUCUUGAAUUUAUUCGUUGUGUUUUUCAUCGAGUUCAUUUGUGUAGUAGUUAUCAAGCUAAACGUGUGUGAUAAUGAGAUGACAUUGUUCUGAUAACAUUGAUAAAGUUGUUGACAUUGAUUAAAUAUUUACUACCUCAAUGUAGUGGGCCUUCAGUACUGUUCCAUCAGAUACAACACAGGUGCUGAUUUGUAAAAAUGAUUUGAUUAUUUCAACAUUUAUCUGAAUAAAAGUAAAAGGAUAAAUUUU